CACCUGUCUGGCUCUAGAGGUAGAGCCACAGCCCCUGCGCACCGUGAGGAAGGCGUAUACCCAGGGAGACUGUUGUGGCUGGAGUGGAGUGGUCAGGCCGGAGCAGUGCUGGGAGUGACUAGGCUGAACAGCGGUCGCUGGGUAGGGGUGCGGGGCGUCCGAAGGAGAGACCACGGUGGUAGCCCGUGGUCCCGCCCUGCCGCCGCUCAGCCUGGCAGCGUUCCUUCGCAGCCGCCUGCCAGCACAGCCAGCCCCCUGCCCCCACGGAGCCGGUGCCAGAGCAGCAUUCCGCAAGCCGGGCUGCAUCUCCCCAGUGGAGGCUGCGCCGAGAGGCCACUCGGCCGGGCCUGGGCCUCUGGGCCCCCACCCGGCUGUCCCGAGUGGGCUUCCCUCGCUGCGGCUGCGGAGGUGGCUCAGAGGCCCUACGCAGCCAAAGGCCAUCAGUUGCUGGUUGAGAAGACUACAGACUCCCCGGCGGCAGAGUUCUCGCUGGUGGAGGACGUGGCCCUGCACUUCGCCUGCUUGAUGGGCCGCCUGAACGAGCAGCGCCUCUUCCAGCCGGACCUGUGUGACGUGGACCUCGUGCUGGUGCCCCAGCGCAGCGUGUUCCCCGCACACAAGGGCGUGCUGGCCGCCUACAGCCAGUUCUUCCACUCGCUGUUCACACAGAACAAGCAGCUGCAGCGGGUGGAGCUGUCCCUUGAGGCGCUGGCACCCAGUGGUCUGCAGCAGAUCCUGAACUUCAUAUACACGUCCAAGCUGCUGGUGAACGCAGCCAACGUGCACGAGGUGCUCAGCGCGGCCUCGCUGCUGCAGAUGGCUGACAUCGCUGCCUCCUGCCAGGAGCUGCUGGACGCUCGGUCCCUGGCGCCCUCGGGCCCCGUGGCCCUGGCACAGCCGGCUACCAGCUGUGCCCCGGUGCCUCCACCACCCUACUACUGUGACAUCAAGCAGGAGGCAGACACCCCAGGCAUACCCAAGAUCUAUGCCCGAGAGGGCCCUGACCCCUACUCUGUGCGUGUGGAGGAUGGGGCAGGGACAGCCGGGGACUCUGCUGCGCCUGGCCUGGCACAGCCACUCUUCCUCAAGGAGGAAAAGGAAGGGGCACCUGAGGAGGCCGGGGCACCUGAGGAGGCCGAGGCCCCUAGUAGCCUGUGCAAGCUAGAAAGUGGAGAGGGGCUGGAGCCAGAAUUGGGUGCCUCGGGCACCUAUGGGCGCCAGGAGCAGUCCCAAAUCAUUGUGGAAGUAAACCUCAAUAACCAAACGCUGCAUGUGUCCACUGGGCCUGAGGACAAGCCAGGCUCUGGGGCCACUGUGGUGCUGGGCCAGGAGGAUGGGAUGCAGGAACACUUAGAAGAAGAGGGGGAGGAAGGGGGAGGGAGUGGAGGGGGGGAGGAGGAGGAGGAGGAGGAGGAGGAGGAAGAGGAGGAGGAAGGGCCCAGUGAGCAGGAAGAUGAUGAAGAUGAAGAGGAUGGGCCCAGUGAGCAGGAUGCAGAGAGUUCAGAGGAGGAGGGGGAGGCUGAGGGCAGGCAGGACCCUGUGGGCCCUGCAGGGUGUCAGGGCAGCCAGGUGGACCCCCCACUGCACGGCCGAAUGUCCACACGGUCCCGGGGACAAAGCGCUCAGCGCCGAGCCACCCCUGAGCCAGAGGAGGCCGGGCGUAGAGGUGGGAAGAGGCCCAAGGCCUCUGGAGCUGUCCCUGCAGCCCAGGCAGCGGAUGGGCUGGGGGCCAAGGUGAAGCUGGAAGAGAAACAGCAGCAUCCAUGCCAGAAGUGCCCUCGGGUCUUCAACAACCGCUGGUACCUGGAGAAGCAUAUGAACGUGACCCACAGCCGCAUGCAGAUCUGUGGCCAGUGCGGGAAGCGUUUCCUGUUGGAGAGUGAGCUGCAGCUACAUCGGCAGACAGACUGCGAGCGCAACAUCCAGUGUGUAACCUGCGGCAAAGCCUUCAAGAAGCUCUGGUCCCUGCAUGAGCACAACAAGAUAGUGCAUGGCUACGCAGAGAAGAAAUUCUCCUGUGAGAUCUGCGAGAAGAAGUUUUACACCAUGGCACAUGUGCGCAAGCACAUGGUUGCCCACACCAAGGACAUGCCCUUCACCUGUGAGACCUGUGGGAAGUCCUUCAAGCGCAGCAUGUCGCUCAAGGUGCACUCGCUGCAGCACUCGGGAGAGAAGCCGUUCCGCUGUGAGAACUGCAAUGAACGCUUCCAGUACAAGUACCAGCUGCGGUCACACAUGAGCAUCCACAUUGGCCACAAGCAGUUCAUGUGCCAGUGGUGUGGCAAGGACUUCAACAUGAAGCAGUACUUCGAUGAGCAUAUGAAGACCCACACAGGGGAGAAGCCAUAUAUCUGUGAGAUCUGUGGCAAGAGUUUCACCAGCCGCCCCAACAUGAAGCGGCACCGACGCACACACACAGGAGAGAAGCCCUACCCGUGUGAUGUGUGUGGCCAACGCUUCCGCUUCUCUAACAUGCUGAAGGCACACAAGGAGAAAUGCUUCCGUGUCAGCCACCCGCUGCCCAGCGACCCUGCCACCCUACCCACCCCACACCUGCAGCCCACAGCCCCACUCUUCCCCACUGCAGCUCCCAGGCUGGACACCAACUGAUGCCCAGCACAGGCCCUCCUGGCCAGGGACAGCAGAAACACAGGCUGGGGGCUGUGCUGCAGCUGGGUGCCCCUGGCACUGGGUCCUGGUGCAUGCUGGGAGCUCCCUUCUGCAGCUCCUUGCAGGUUUUGCUCCUUACUUUUGGGAGUAAGGGAACACAGAAGGACUGGUUGGCUACACCCCUCCAGGUGAGGGAUGCUGGAGGCAACAGAUACAGGGCAGGGGGGACUCUGGGCUGCAGACAUGGCCAUGAGCCAGGCAGGGCCUGGGUCAGCCUCACCUGCUCAUCCCAGCUUCCCUGUUCCCCUAACUUACUCCCUAGGAUGGGAAGGUUUGGGGAGAAUUCGGGUACACCCCUGUUGAAGGAGUUGUAGACCCGCCCCCCAGCAGGCCUAUGCCCAGGGAGGCAUGGCAGGGUAGGGGAAUGGUAGGGUGUGAGGGCUGCAGACCCCCUCUGUGUGAUGUAGAGUGGGGCGGGAGGGGCUGGCCCCCAUGGGUUUCUUUUCCUAUUCACAUCCCUGCCAGGCAGGUUCAGGGAUCCUCAGCCUGCGCAGGACUUUUAAAGAGCCCCAAAUCCUGGAGAGAAAUUCUCCAGGUGCUGGGGACCAAGCCUUCAGGGGGUGGAGAAGCUGACUCCUCAGCCCCAGGUCCCAGGGGUCCUGCAGGAGAAUGAUAUCCCAGGGGUGGGUCUCACAGGAGCCUCAGGCAAGUAGUUCAGGGUUUCACGGUGCUAUCUGUGGGUCAGGGACAAGGAGCUGUCCACAGGGCACCCCUGUCCCUUACCAGCCUGCCUGGCUGGCCUCCCCCACCAGGAGACACAUGCAUCUGUGUCUGCCCCCCAGAGGCCUACAUGAGGCCUCCUCUUGUGGGGCCAGGCCACUACCCGCCUCUGGCUGGCACCUGGUCCCCUGCACUCUGCACUGCCUGGUGUGUCCGCCCAGCCAGGGGGCUCAGCCAGUGCCCAGUGCUUGCCCUCGGGAGGCAGGCACUAAUAGGUGACUUCUCUGUCGUCGUUUAAUGUCCUUAUUCCUGCGUUUAAAUGGGAGAAAGUUUCCAUAAGCUAUGUUUCCUAUUCUGGUCUCCCACUGUUCAUAAGCUUCUGUUUGUUACACUCUGCACCUUAUUCCCUUCCCAUCACCAUCUUCCCAGCAUGCCACACUGGGAAGAGGCCUGCGCCCAAGGGUCCAGGCAGAGGGUACCAAACCCCUCUGACCUCAGAGGCCCAUGGAGCUGGGACAGAGGGCUGGGGACAUUUUAAUCAUCAAUAAACGAAGCACUUUAUUCUGUACAGGUGUGGGCAGGCCCAAGGCGCCCUGCUGACUCGGCUGUCCUCUGGGCUAGGAAGGACUGAGUGACCAGUUUCUCUGGUGUAGGCAACCUCUCCCAACCUGCAGAGUCAGGCUCAAGCAUGGCCUCAGGUCCCUCUGUCUCCACGGGGGACAGGUGGGACCCUGGCUGAGAAAGGAAGGCUUCCCAUUUGGGUGCAGACUCCUGCCUCACUGCCCAAGGUUGGGCUUCCAGCUUCUCCUCUGCAGCUGUUCUUCCCCUGGUACCCUAAUCGCUGGGCUUCCACAAUGUCCUCAGGGACCCUUUCCCUGCCUCUUGUUUCUAACCUUUGGCCCCAGUGCCUGGCGGCUCUCCAGAGCUGGCUCACAUUAAAAAAAAAAAAAAAAGAAAAAAGUUGACCACCUCAUGGGGUCCCCUGCUUGUCACUUGCUGGCCCUGAUGGCCUUCAUGGGGCCAGGACCCUGGUCUAUCUGGCCAUUCUUCAGUAAGCAGCAGUCUAAAGGGUAGGGGCUGGAGAUGAAACUCUGUCCCAGGAGGUGGGUUUCCCAUACCCUUACAUACCCCCACCCCCAGGGACCAGACGGGUUCUGGGCACUGGCUGGGAUGGUUGCUAUGUGGAAGGUGGGCACAGCCCCUUCUCCGAGGCCGAGGUGUGUCUGGUGCUACACACUUCACCCUGCCCACAUGGAGCUCCCUUGUGCUUCUCCGUGCCAGCUUUUACACUUUAUUUUAAAAAAGAUGGUCAAGUUGCUGAAUGUUGGCAUGUGGGAACUGGAGCAUGGUGGCAACUUCCCAGGCCCACCCAAGAGACUGGCCUUGGAACCCUCACCUCUGGGAAGACUUGCUGGGGUCUCUUGCCCAGCUGGACUUGGUAGGUCUAGUCCUGGGCCUGCUCCUCUGAAGUGAUACAGGCUGCUCUGGUGUUGGAACAGUUGUUAGGGAGUCUCCAUGGAGGCCUGGUGGGCCCUGAACCCAGGAAUGACCACUUUCAUAUCCCCUCAGUGGUCUAGGUGGUGGCAAGAAAGCCAGACACAGGUGUGUGGAGCCUCCAUGUCUGGUUGCAUAGACACCCCCAUGGUCCCAGGGUGGGGACAGUAGUCAUUCAAGGGAGAUGAGUGAUGGGGAAUAAACUUAGUACCGCUCCUGGCCUUC